AUGGCGGACUAUUCCAUGUAUCAUUCCUUAGGGCAAGGCGAGCAAAUCGAUCCUAACGAUCCUAAUCGAACGAGCCAACCUGCCCCUCCUCAAUUUCAACCCCCCGUUGCUCAAAAUCCCUAUCAACAAGGUGUCGGUUACGGUUCUCCCGCACCCCAAAAUCAGCAAUACUAUGGAAGCCCACCCCCACCCGGGCCUGGGGGGCCUUCACCAGCUGCUGCACCCGGCUUUGCACCCCCGCAAGAUGGCGGUCUUGCCUCGCAGAUGGCAGGAAUGUCGCUAGGAGAUGGACAACAUACAGCACGCAGAAAGAAGAAGGAUCGACACGUAUUCCAUGCUGUCGAGGCGCCCCCUGGUUCUUCCCAACCAUAUAACGGUAUACCACCAGCAGGUACACCAGCUACAGCUUUCUUGAAUGCAGAUCCUUCUGCGCAAGUAGGUGGGCAAUUCAUCGGACAACCUGCUACGCCGAACCAAUUUCCAGCACCCGUCAAUGCGCCUUUCCACCCCGCCGCCCCUGCGACCCCCGCCGAGUUCGCUGCAAGAAACGGCCCGAUAGAUCAAGGUCAAGCGCCGACGUUUGUACCAGCUUCGGGUGGAGGACAGGUAUCACCAGACGAUAUUCCGAGUGUGCCAGUGUCCAGAGACAUGCCACAACAGUACUACCUCAGCAACGUAUAUCCCACUUUCGAGCGUCAUGUACCUCCUCCCGCCGUCGUGUCCUUCGUUGCCUAUGACCAAGGCAAUUCCUCGCCCAAAUUUACUCGAUUAACAAUGAACAGUAUACCAGCGAAUUCGGAAGGUUUAAAUAGCACUGGCUUACCCCUAGGACUUGUCUUACAGCCUCUAGCUCGUCUCCAGCCUGGCGAGAUGGAGGUUCCUGUGCUUGACUUUGGGGAUGUUGGACCACCAAGAUGUCGAAGAUGCCGAGCCUAUAUCAAUCCAUUUAUGAUGUUCCGUUCCGGGGGGAGCAAAUUUGUGUGCAAUCUCUGUACAUACCCCAAUGAUACCCCCUCGGAGUAUUUUUGCGCGACAACACCCCAAGGAGUAAGAGUGGACAGGGAUCAGCGACCAGAACUUACAAGGGGAACUGUCGAAUUUACGGUACCUAAGGAGUAUUGGACGAAGGAUCCCACGGGUCUUCACUGGUUAUUUGCGAUUGACGUUACUCAGGAGUCAUAUAAUAAGGGGUUUUUGGAAGCUUUUUGUGAAGGAAUCCUUGCUGCGCUUUACGCCCCUGAAGAGAGCGAAGAAAUAGACGAGAAUGGUGAACCGAAACGACGAGUUCCGCUUGGUGCCAAAGUUGGAUUCGUUACAUACGAUAAGGAUAUCCAUUUCUAUAACUGCAAUCCCGCCCUAGAACAAGCACAAAUGAUGAUCAUGCCAGAUAUUGAAGACCCCUUCGUACCACUCAGUGAUGGGCUCUUCGUUGACCCUUACGAAUCUAAAGCUGUAAUCACAUCACUACUUACACGAUUGCCGACCCUUUUCGCAGAUAUUAAAAAUCCGGAACCUGCUCUAUUGCCGACAUUGUCCUCGUGUUUAGCUGCGCUUGAACUUACUGGAGGAAAGAUUGUAUGUUCGUUAUCCGCUUUGCCUACUUGGGGCCCCGGUCGGCUUUUUAUGAGAGACGACGGGAAGUAUCCAGGAGGUGAAAUCGAUAAGAAACUUUUCACUACCGAACAUCCUGCGUGGAGAAAAGUCGCCGAAAAAAUGGUCGCAGCCGGUGUUGGUGUUGACUUCUUCCUAGCUGCACCCUCUGGUGGAUAUUUGGACAUAGCUACCAUCGGUCAUGUUUCGUCUACCACAGGUGGAGAAACCUUUUACUACCCCAAUUUUGUGGUCGGCCGCGAUAAUGCUAAGCUUUCCCUUGAAAUCAAGCACACGGUUACAAGGGAAACAGGUUAUCAAGCAUUAAUGAAAGUCCGGUGUUCCAAUGGCCUCCAAAUAUCAGCUUACCACGGCAACUUCAUACAACAUACCUUCGGAGCCGAUCUUGAAAUAGGGGUUAUAGAUGCUGACAAAGCCGUGGGCGUUACGUUUGGAUAUGAUGGAAAGCUCGAUUCGAAACUCGACGCUCACUUCCAAUCCGCUUUACUAUACACGACAGCCUCUGGCCAACGUCGAGUAAGGUGUUGCAAUGUGAUCGCCAGUAUUAGCGAUAACCCUCGCGAGUGUAUGAAAUUUGUGGAUCAAGACGCUGUUUACACAAUUAUUGCCAAAGAUGCGGCUUCUAAACUCGCCUCAACGUCUACCACCCUAAAGGACAUAAGGCUAGGUUUAACAGAGAAGACCAUCGACGUCCUAGCAGGAUAUCGCAAGAACUUCUCGUCCCAAUCUCAUCCCCCAGGACAGCUUGUCAUGCCAGAAAAGCUGAAGGAGUUCGCUAUGUACAUGCUUGGGCUUAUCAAGAGCCGAGCAUUCAAGGGAGGGAAUGAGACAUCCGAUCGGAGAGUACACGAAAUGCGUAUGAUCAGGUCAAUAGGUGCCGCGGAGCUCAGUCUCUAUCUUUACCCCAGGAUGAUCCCCAUUCACAACUUGAAUCCAGAUGAUGGAUUCCCCGAUGAGCAAACAGGCUACUUGAAAGUGCCACCGGCGAUCCGUACAUCAUUCAGCCGAGUUGAACCAGGUGGAGUAUAUCUGGUAGAUAACGGACAACAGUGCCUACUAUGGUUCCAUUCCCAAACCUCGCCUAACCUACUGGUGGAUCUUUUCGGAGAGGGCAAGGAUAGCCUCAACCAACUCGAUCCAUACAGCUCUUCCCUGCCAGUUCUACAGACACAUCUUAACGCUCAAGUCCGGAAUAUAAUCGAAUUCCUCAAGACUAUGCGCGGUUCUAAGGCAUUAACGAUUCAAUUGGCAAGGCAAGGUAUUGAUGGAGCUGAAUACGAGUUCGCAAGGAUGUUAAUUGAGGAUCGCAACAACGAGGCACAAAGUUAUGUAGACUGGUUGGUGCACAUACAUAAAGGUGUGCAACUCGAGUUGGCUGGGCAAAGACGAAAAGAAGGUGAAGAGCAUAGUUCCCUAGCAUCAACAUUCCAGGGAUUGAGACCACAGUACUGGUAA